GCAACACAUUCACCAUGUCUGAAUGGAUUCGGUGUCUUGUCGCACUGGUGUUCUGUCUCCAACAUACAGUAGCGGAUUUUGUUUUGACUCAGUCCCCGACUAUCUCAACUUCUGCGGGGAAAACUGUAAAGAUCACUUGUACCAUGUCAGGAGACAACAUUGGUAAUUACUACGCGAGCUGGUACUGGCAGAAACCCGGCAGCGCCCCUGUGUAUGUGUGGCAUCAAAGAUAUGGCAGAGCUUCCGGUAUUCCAGAGCGCUUCACCGGUUUUGUAGACUCAUCUAGCAACCAGAUGGACUUAACCAUCGCAAACGUGCAAUCGGAGGACGACGCCGACUAUUACUGCGCUGUAGAUAGAGAUUAUGUCAUCACUUUCGGAAAAGGAACCGCACUGAACUUAGGCAAUCUGCGACCUCCCGUAGUGUCCGUCCUUGGACCCUCAACGGAAGAAAUUCUGGGAAAAGGCACCGCCACACUGGUGUGUUUGGUGAGUGGGUUUAAUCCAGCCGCUGUGAUUAUCGAGUGGACUGUGGACGGUAGUACGAGAAGGAAUGGCGUUGAGAUCAGCCAGACCCAGCGGGACGCGGAUAACACGUUCAGUGCGAGCAGUUACCUGACUCUGCCAGCCUCAGACUGGAACUCACACGAGCUUUACUCCUGCGUGGUUAAACACGAGACUCGGACAACUAAAGCAAACGUCAUGAGAUCCAGCUGUAUCUGAUUCAAGCAAUCUGUGUACGGAUUCCUUACAUUUGAAAAUAAA